AGCACUAGAAAAGAAACUCUAUGAUGCUGCAUCUGUAGGGGAUGUAGAAACAUUUUCACAACUUCUCCAACAAAAUCCCUAUCUUGUUGAAACAGUUUCAUUUCCAUGUUCAAGAAAUAUUCUCCACAUAGCAACAAUGCAUGGACAAACAUCCAUUGUAGAAGAAGUGCUUAAGCUUCAUCCGAGGCUAGCGCGAAUUUCAGACUCCCAAAAAUCAUCACCUCUCCACAUUGCUGCAGAAGAAGGGCACGUCAAGAUCGCCUCGAAUUUGCUAAGAGUAGCCCGGAAAGCAUGCUGGUGGCGCAACGACCAAGGCAUGACCCGAUUCAUCUUGCAGCCAUGAAUGGGCAUGUCGAUAUUCUAGAACAUCUCCUUCAUGAGAGUCCAUUGCCUGCAAUGGAGAGACUGGAUCGCGGACAGACUGUGCUGCACUUGUGUGUGAAGCAUGAACAACUUGGGGUUUUGAAGGUUUUGGUGGAGAAGUUGGGAGAGCUUGUGUGUGCAAAGGAUGAUGAUGGGGAGACAUUAUUGCAUUUGGCUGUUAGGUGCAAUCACCUUGAGGGAUGCAAACAAGAAACUCGAUGGGAAAAACCGCCCUCCAAAUCUUGAACGAGAGUCCUGCAAGCAGCAACUACUCAAAGCGAGUCGUUGUUCGAAGAGUCCUCCCGAAGAUGACCGACAUCACGAUGGUGGUGGUGGUCCUGAUCGCCACCAUGGCCUUCCAGGGCGGGCUAAGCCCCCGGGAGGCGUGUGGCAGGACAACACGCCAUCCCACAAGGCAGGCGAGGUCGUGCUGGCAACCACCCAUCCCGAAAUAUACAGGCACAUGGCGCACGCCAACACCAUAGCCUUCUCGGCUUCCAUCAUCACCAUCUUCCUCGUCACCACAUGGCUCCCAGCCACGCACUUCUUUUUUAUGGCGUCGGCCAUGUACGCGAUGUGGGUGGCCCUCACGGCUAUCACCAUCAGCUUCGGAGUGGCAAUGGCGGUGGUCACUCCUGGCAAGAGGGGAUAUCUCGUGGUCGUGGCGGUGGGACUGGUGGCGGCCAACGGGUUUGGACUACUGUCGUCUUAUGUUGCUGAGAGGAAGUUGCAUCUAAGUGGAGGAGGAAGAAGAAGCAGCCCCAAGAUCUUGCUGCUGAUAGUUUCAUACUACGUGGUUUCUAUUGGAUCUUUCAGCAGUUGGAGACCCGAGGGUUUUUGAGAGCCGGUCGUUGAUAUUUCAUAUACAGGAGUGUCUUAUAAUGCUAACUUUUCUUUAAUUGUAAAUCUGAUAACUCAUCAACGCAGUAUACUAAAAAUGCCACGAUCACAUUAAAAUGUCUUGACAUUUUAAAUAUCAAUGUCAACACAGUG